CCAGGCACCGGUGGCGUGUGUUCAGCCUGUCAGACCGAACAACUAGUUGUGCUGUUCAAACAACCGAGCCACAACCUGCUGGUAACAUAGGUCAAAAUGACGGAGCGGAAAGGAACAGCGAAGUUGGACUUCUUGAGGAAGAUCGAGCUCGACAUCCAGGAGAAGUGGGAGAGGGAGAAGACAUUCGACCAGGAUGCGCCCUCAACAGUUGGGGAAAGUAAUCACAAAAACAAGUACUUCGUCACCUUCCCCUACCCGUACAUGAACGGCCGGUUGCACCUUGGCCAUACGUUCAGCUUGUCAAAGUGCGAGUUUGGUGUUGGUUAUCAGUCGCUGAAAGGGAAAAAAUGCCUUUUCCCAUUUGGGCUGCACUGUACAGGAAUGCCGAUAAAAGCCUGUGCAGACAAGCUGAAGAGAGAGAUGGAGGUGUAUGGAAACCCUCCACAGUUUCCAGAUGAGGAUGAAGAAGAGAAGGAGAAGCCAGAGAUAUCUGAUGAAUUCAUCAUCAAGGACAAGGCAAAGGGCAAGAAGAGUAAAGCAGUUGCCAAAGCUGGAUCCUCUACUUACCAGUGGGACAUUAUGAGGUCUUUGGGCCUGAAGGACCAGGAGAUCACCGGGUUUGCCAAUGCUGAACACUGGCUGGACUACUUCCCUCCUCUGGCUGUUAAAGACCUCAAGAUGAUGGGUGUCAAGGUGGACUGGAGGCGUUCAUUCCUCACCACAGAUGUGAACCCCUUCUACGACUCUUUCGUCCGAUGGCAGUUCAUCACACUGAAGGAGAGAAAGAAGAUCAAGUUUGGCAAAAGGUACACCAUCUUCUCCCCCAAGGAUGGGCAGCCCUGCAUGGACCAUGACCGGCAGACAGGCGAGGGAGUCGGACCUCAGGAGUACACUCUCGUCAAGAUGAAGAUGGUGGAGCCGUACACAGCAAAAUUCAAGUCCAAGGUCUUUUACAGCAGUGGCAUGAAAGGGAAAAACAUCUUUCUGGUUGCUGCCACUCUGAGACCAGAGACCAUGUUCGGUCAGACCAACUGCUGGGUGAGACCCGACAUGAAGUAUAUCGCCUUUGAGACGAACAACGGAGACAUUUUCAUCUGCACCAGUAGAUCUGCCAGGAACAUGUCUUACCAAGGCUUCACCAAAGAGAACGGAGUGGUUCCCUUGGUCGCGGAAAUACUGGGACAGGAUAUCCUUGGAUGUGCCCUGAGUGCACCUCUGACCUCCUACAAGAUUAUCUACGCUCUGCCCAUGCUUACUAUCAAGGAGGACAAAGGUACUGGGAUUGUUACCAGUGUCCCCUCAGACGCUCCUGAUGACAUCGCUGCACUCAGGGACAUCAAGAAAAAACAGGCUCUACGGGAGAAGUAUGGAAUCGAGGACAAGAUGGUGUUGCCUUUUGAGCCGAUCCCUAUCAUAGAGAUUCCCGGCUAUGGGAACCUCUCAGCUCCUCUGGUGUGUGAUGAGCUGAAGAUCGUGAGCCAGAAUGACAAGGAGAAGUUGGCUGAGGCAAAGGAGAAAGUCUACCUGAAAGGGUUUUAUGAAGGGAUAAUGCUGGUCGAUGGCUACAAGGGGCAGAAGGUGCAAGAUGUCAAGAAGCCCAUUCAGAAGAUGCUGGUGGAGAGGGGCGAUGCCAUGAUCUACAUGGAGCCCGAAAAACAGGUGAUGUCACGUUCAGCUGAUGUGUGUGUCGUCGCUCUCUGUGACCAGUGGUAUUUGGACUACGGAGAUGCUGAGUGGAAGCAGAAGGCCGGCGAAGCACUCAAAACUUUGGAAACAUUUUGUGACGAGACCAGGAAAAACUUUGAGGCAACUCUGGCCUGGCUCCAGGAGCACGCCUGCUCCCGUACCUACGGUCUGGGAACGCGGCUUCCUUGGGACGAGCAUUGGCUUAUUGAGUCACUCUCGGACUCCACCAUCUACAUGGCUUACUACACUGUAGCCCACCUUCUUCAGGGAGGCGUGCUCAACGGACAGGGAGCCUCACCACUGGGCAUCAAGCCACAGCAAAUGACCAGAGAGGUGUGGGACUUCAUCUUCUUCAAGACGUCGCCGUUCCCCAAGACUGACAUCCCCAAAGAGCAUCUGCAGAGGCUGAGGAGGGAGUUUGAGUAUUGGUACCCUGUGGACGUCCGUGUGUCGGGCAAAGACCUGGUUCCCAAUCACCUGUCGUAUUACCUGUACAACCACGUGGCUAUGUGGCCAAAAGACAAUGGGAAGUGGCCACAAGCAGUGAGAGCCAAUGGACAUCUGCUCCUCAACUCUGAAAAGAUGUCCAAAUCAACUGGAAACUUCCUCACUCUCACCGAAGCCAUUGACAAGUUCUCAGCAGAUGGUAUGCGUCUGGCUUUGGCCGAUGCCGGCGAUACCGUGGAAGAUGCCAACUUUGUAGAAACGAUGGCAGAUGCUGGCAUCCUGCGUCUCUACACGUGGGUGGAGUGGGUGAAGGAGAUGAUUGCCAACCAGAACAACCUGAGGACGGGACCCGCUGACACCUUCAACGAUCGGGUCUUUUCCAGUGAGAUGAAUGCAGGCAUCCUGAAGACGGACCAGCACUACGACAGGAUGAUGUACAAGGAGGCUCUGAAGAGCGGCUUCUUUGAGUUCCAGGCAGCCAAAGAUAAGUACCGUGAGCUGGCUAUUGAGGGAAUGCACAGGGACCUUGUCUUCCAGUUCAUCGAGAGACAAACCCUGCUGCUGGCCCCCAUCUGCCCCCACCUCUGUGAAUACACCUGGGGUCUCUUGGGCAAGACUGGUUCUCUGAUGAAGGCGUCCUGGCCUGUGGCGGGACCAGUCGAUGAGAUUCUGAUUCGUUCGUCUCAGUACCUGAUGGAGACGGCACACGAUCUCCGACUGAGAUUCAAAGCUUACAUGGUUCCUCCAAAAAGCAAGAAAGGAGACACAAAGCCCCCAGCCAAGCCCUCACACUGCAACAUCUAUGUAGCCAAGAGCUACCCUCCGUGGCAGCACAGUGCCUUAUCCCUGCUCGGCAAGCACUACAAGAGCAACAACGGCGUCCUCCCUGACAACAAAGUGAUAGCCACCGAGUUAGGAGCCCUGCCUGAGCUGAAGAAAUACAUGAAGAAAGCGAUGCCUUUCGUAGCCAUGAUCAAGGAAAACCUGGAGAAGAACGGGUCCAGGGUUUUGGAUCUGGAGCUGGAGUUUGAUGAGCGGGCAGUUCUGAUGGAAAACCUGGUCUACUUAACCAAUUCUCUUGAGUUGGAGAAGAUCGACAUCCUGUUUGCAUCUGAGGGCGACGACAAAGUGAAGGAGGAGUGUUGCCCAGGGAAACCGUUCAGUGUUUUCAGAUCGGAGCCUGGAGUGUGCGUGUCCCUGAUCAACCCUCAGCCCUGCAAUGGCAUGUUCUCUACGAAGGUUGAAGUCCGGCAGGGGGACAGCAGAGACAGUCUCAUCCGUAGACUGUCCAAGGUCAACAGACUCCUCAAAGACCUGUCCAGAGUGAAGCUGAUGAGGUAUGAGGACCCCAUGAUGGGGCCUCGCCAGGUGCCCGUCCUGGGACAAGAGGAGAAGGGGAAGCUGCCCAUUUCCAGUAAAUCUGUGUUCAGCGUCAACCUGGAGGAGAAGAGAGUCACUCUGGCUGACAACGGCCUCACCGUGGACAUCGGCGACUCUCUGGUUUAUCUGGUUCUUUAGAGAAACUCAAACACAGAUGCAUGGUGGCACAUUCAGCAGAGAAACAUUCUGGAAAAAUGCAUCAUGAAAUAUGAUAAAAAUGUCAUUUUGACUCAUAUUCAUCGUACACUGACUCAAAGGUGUAUUUAUGUUUUUAUAAUCAGUGUUUCUGCACUUGCAGACUUUGUUACAGCACUUUUUGUUAGAUCUUAAAGAUAACAAACAUAAAAACAUCCUGGAAUAACAUAUUAAAGGGAGAAACACAUAUUUCCAAGUUGAUUCUAAGAUGUUAAAAGACAAAGAAAUUAAAAUAAACAUAAGAUGUUUGAAAUAGAAAAAGUGGCAAUACAAUGCUAAAGCCUGACACGUAUCACUGAUGCGUUGCUGCCUCAGGGAAUAUCUGACUCUAAAUGGGAUCUUCUAUCUUCCUUUUUUUUUUUUUUUACAGCAACAACUCAUCCAGUUGUGCUCUCACAUCUGGGUUUGAUCUGAACACAACAGAUAGUUUAUGGUUUUUAUAACCUCUUCUCACUGUUAAAAUGCUGUGACCAUCCGGUCUUUAUUGCAUAAAUUAGGAUCUUUAAUGGUGUGAGAAAAGCAAGACAUAAGCCAAAUAUCUGUAGAAGCUGGAGAAUGAAAGUAUAAGAUCAGGAUUUUUGUUCUGUUUGUUCAUUGUCUGUUGAAGUUGACGUUUUCUCUUUGGGCCAUUUCUCCUGUUUGAUAUGACACAAUAAAUAAACAACUAUUUGUAUGAUGAA